GAAAAUGGGGAAUUCCAGUGGAGAUGACACGCCCGGCAGCGGGGUCAAGGGGACCUUGGGGGGUUCAGCGGCGGCAAUGUAACUCGGCAGCAGUGAGCCCGGGGGAAGAUCUAUAGUCCCACUUUUAGCCUCCUGUUGAAGUUUCCCGUGCACUACGAAUCUACCACACAGCAACAUCGCAAAGAAUAGUGAUCCAAGAAGCGGACAGAAAGGGUCUGCGUAUCAGCCUUAUAAGAGUGAACAAAGCGUUGGUAAAGCCAAGACGCAGUGAUGUCAACAGAAAAUCAGGGGUAGAACAACACGGGGCAAACAAAUAGCAACGAUUUGUGACCCCAGAGGAGAACUUGAAACUCAAUACACCCUCGUCCAACAAUGACAGACUGUACAGAAGUAUAUGCUCUCGUUCGCUGCAUCCAACAGCCCGUUCUUCAUACCAUGUUGAGAGGCGAAGUUGACUGUCCUCAUGCCCCUUUUCUUCCCACCUGGCAAUACACCAUACAUAACGAUUUCAAGCCGACAAUGCUCUCAAACCGGUCCGAAAUUCUCCAUAAUCCAAAGCGAUAA